UAGUUGUCCAUGAUCAAGGUGUUGUGGGGUGAAACAAUAACCAGUUUUGUUUUGUUUUGUUUUUGUUUGUUUGUUUGUUUGUUUGAGAUAGGGUCUCCUGUAUCCAAGGCUGGUCUCAAAUUCAAAAUGUAGCCUAGGCUGUUCUUAAAUCGCUGAUCAUCCUACCUCUCCCUCCCAAGUACUGAGAUUACAGGUGUGUACUGCCAUGACAACCACAGCCAAUUAUUCUCAUUUACAGCUCAGAUCACCGGACGUCUCAACAAUGAGCUUAUCCUGAAUGUCAUUCUGAAUCAUUAGCACCAAAGCAAAUUCACAAGCUGUCAAGUUCAAUUUCUCCACCUUACCAUUUUCUUCAGAUGGGACUUAUUUAGCAAGGGGAUGCUGCAGGUAUAGUCAUUUUUUUUCAUUUUUCUGUGAAGUAUCUGCUAUCUGGUUGCUUCAUUUUGAAUGGGCUAUUAUAGUAAACCAUGCCACUAUUUUUAAGGAGAGGUACCAUGUGUAGGUCAAAAGAGCAAUUUUGUCUUUUGCAAUAGUUUCUUGUUUAAGAAAAAUGCGCUAACUUAAAAACUAAUAUCUCUCAAAGUAUAUCUUAUUAGGUGAGAUAAUCAUCAUCACCUUUCAAGCCUAAACAUGAAAAUGGGAGAGCCACUUGGCUGCAUGAGAGUGGCUCAUGUGUUUUAUAGAACUCACGUAAUAUGGCCAGUGGCUCAUGGAGCAGCUGAUGCACUUGAAAGAUAAAUAGGUUACCCUUGAAGAGGCCGGGAGAUCUGCCUCUCAAGGGUCUUUGUGCCAUGGAUGAGAACUGAAUCAUUAUUUUUGAACCGCCUCUGCUCACGUCAGUGACUCCCUCUUGCAGCCUGCCCACUGGUUAUAAGAACCUGGGAGUCACUGGCAGAUCGUAGGUGGUGACAGGCAAAGCCAAACUCCCGCACCAUGUCCAAAGUAAACCUCCUGCUGCUCUGGGCUGCCCUGGUACUGACCAGCCAGGUACAUGGAGACACUCUGGGAAAUAAAGACAUGUGGAAGCCACUGAGCAACCCCAGAAACAGAGAACUGUUUUUCAGAAACCUCCAGGCCUACUUCAAGGGCAGAGGACUUGAUCUUGGGAGCCUUCCAAACACCUUCUCCAUGAAUGAGGACCCCAGACCUCUCUCUUUCCAGUUGGAACAUAUCGCUUCUGCAUUUGCAGACUAUGAAGAGCAGAAAAACUCCCUCCCUGCGUCCCACAAGGGCUGAAAGCUUCUUAGCCUAGGUGACCAUGUGAAAGCUGCAGAAGAGCUUUUUAGUAGAAAAUUCAACUAUGACUGAAGUCUUGUGUGUGUGCGUUUCCCUUCUGUAGUAGUCAUUUUAGAGUUAUUUUAGUCUACAUUUCCAGAUUUUAUAUGUAAACAGUUGGACCUUUGCAACAUAUGAUAAUGACAUGCGUAUUUCAGUGUUUUCCCCUUUUAUGACUGUAAUUAUUGAGUGGGAGAUUGCAUGUAUUUGAAGGAGUUACAAAAAUACCACAUGUGAAAUGAUAUGAUUUUCCUAGUUAGUUUAUUGAAACAUGCUUUAAGAUGUUUUUUAUAUUUAUUAUAUAUUAUCAAACAGUAUUUUUAUUUAAACAAGAUGUGCUUAUUUGCUGCUAUAGUAUAUUGUAUGUAAUAAUAGGGACUCAGCCCUGUUUAGUACAGCGUAUCAUGUAAUAGGGUUUCAGAGUUAGGAUUUUUUUCAUAGAAAGACGAUGCAGUCCUACUCUAGCAUGUGCAUUGAGAGCGCUGCUGCUAGUGCUAUAGUCAGUGAGGGUGAUGAACACCCAAGUGGACUUGAAAUAGAAAGCAAAGAGAUUCUAUUUGCUGUAAGGUCUCUGGGAGAUGCUUUUAUGAUGUGUUCAAAGGUAGAGGCUGUCUCAUGUCAAAUAGCUCAGCCUUACUUUAAGUGUAAGUCACUCACAAGGGAGAGUAGCCGAGAAUGAAUUCCCCACUCCUCCGAUCCAGCCACUCUCCUUGUCAUAACUCACGCCGAGCCAUUCCCAUUCCCAUACUUUCAUUUGACAUAGCUGCUUUUCCUGUCGGCGUUUUUAUGAAUGGUGGCAAUGUUUUCUGUAUGAUUCAAGGAAGAAACAUUGUACUAGAAUUUACACAGCAGUGUCCUGGUUUUUCAAGACAGCUUACUGUAACUUUGUGUGGACUGUUGAUGCUGAAUACAAAGAAUAAAGUAU